CUCUUUGUAGGCGAAGCAUCUGGACCGGUAAGAGACUCUCUCAUCGAUAACAACCACAUAAUUAAAUCAAAACUCUUCCUCUCUCUCUCUCUCUUCUCUAAGAUCUCUUGCGUUGCUCUUUAUCUGCUUGAUCUUCCUAUAUAUGGAGAGGCACUAAAAGGGUACUUACUAUACGAUACUGUACGGAUCCAUCAAACAGGUGUGAUUAUAUAUCCAAACGACGUACCUUUUUAUCUUAUCCGGCACCAAGUUACCUUUCCUAGGGUUUCGGAGAAUCCAAUCAACAACGAAGUAAAAAUUUAUCAUCGUUACAUUAGUCGAUAUCAUAAAGACUUAAAUGUUCCGGUUCCCGGUGAGUCUAGGCGGUUCACGUGACGAAGCCCGUCACGAUCAGAUCACACCGUUGGAUGAGCAUCGUGUGGUGGUUGAUGAGGUUGACUUCUUCUCUGAGAAGAGAGAUAGGGUUUCACGUGAGGACAUCAACGACGACGAAGACGAAGAAGCCAAUAAGGUUCACGUCAAAAUGGAGAAUUCACGAAUUGAAGAGAGUGAUCGUUCCAGAGAUGUUAACAUCGGGCUGAAUCUUCUGACGGCGAAUACGGGAAGCGAUGAAUCAACGGUGGAUGAUGGACUAUCAAUGGACAUGGAAGAUAAACGUGCAAAGAUUGAGAACGCACAACUACAAGAGGAGCUGAAGAAGAUGAAGAUAGAGAAUCAAAGGCUAAGAGAUAUGUUGAGCCAAGCGACGAACAACUUCAAUUCCUUACAAAUGCAACUUGUUGCCGUCAUGAGGCAACAAGAACAACGUAACUCCUCCCAAGAGCAUUUCCUGGCUACGGAGGGAAAAGCAGAAGGAAGGAAACGGCAGGAACUGCACACCAUGGUGCCAAGGCAGUUCAUGGACCUUGGGCCGUCUUCUGGUGCGACGGAGCAUGAGGCUGAAGUGUCAUCUGAAGAGAGGACAAUGAUUCAUUCGGGUUCUCCUCCUUCGCUUCUAGAAAGCUCCAAUCUCCGAGAGAAUGGAAAGAGGUUGCUUGGCAGAGAAGAAAGCCCAGAGGAAUCCGACUCCAAUCUCCGAGAGAAUGGAAAGAGGUUGCUUGGCAGAGAAGAAAGCCCAGAGGAAUCCGAGUCUAACGCCUGGGGAAACCCUAACAAAGUCCCCAAACAUAACUCAUCCUCUAGCAACAACAAUAACAACGCUAAUGGAAACGUUAUUGAUCAGUCGGCCGCAGAAGCCACAAUGCGGAAAGCCCGUGUCUCAGUUCGCGCCAGAUCUGAAGCUCCGAUGAUAAGCGAUGGAUGUCAAUGGAGAAAGUAUGGACAAAAAAUGGCUAAAGGAAACCCGUGUCCGCGAGCUUAUUAUCGCUGCACAAUGGCCGGUGCCUGUCCUGUUCGUAAGCAAGUGCAACGAUGCGCAGAGGACAGAUCUAUUCUCAUAACCACCUAUGAAGGAAACCACAACCAUCCACUCCCACCAGCCGCAAUGGCCAUGGCCUCAACAACCACCGCAGCGGCAAGCAUGCUCCUCUCAGGCUCAAUGUCGAGCCAAGACGGUUUAAUGAACCCAACAAACCUCCUAGCUCGAGCCAUCUUACCUUGCUCCUCAAGCAUGGCUACAAUCUCAGCCUCCGCACCAUUCCCAACCAUCACAUUGGACCUCACCAAUUCACCAAACGGCAACAACCCCAAUAUGACCACUAAUAACCCGUUGAUGCAGUUCGUUCAACGGCCCGGUUUCAACCCGGCAGUUUUGCCUCAAGUGGUCGGUCAAGCUUUGUACUAUAACCAACAACAGUCCAAGUUUUCUGGUUUACAGUUACCGGCUCAGCCGCUGCAGAUCCCGGCCACUUCCUCGGUGUCCGAGAGCGUUAGUGCCGCCAGUGCAGCGAUUGCCUCUGAUCCAAACUUUGCAGCGGCUCUAGCAGCAGCAAUUACGUCCAUUAUGAACGGUUCCAGUCAUCAGAACAAUAACACCAAUAAUAAUAAUAAUGUGGCUACGAGCAACGGUGACAAUAGGCAAUAAGAGUUUUCAUUUUGAUUAUCAAGUUUAUUUUUCGUACUUUGUUUUGAGCUUUGGAUGUGUAAUUAUUCAUUUUUUUUUAGCUUUUUGUCGUGAACAACAAGGGUCUUAAGAACAUGUUUUUUUUUCUCUGUUCUUCAUGUAAGAUCAACGAUAUUGUUCGAAAUUAAAUAUCUCUUUAAAAUA